ACGUUCUGCGCUCAACGCCUGUGAGCAAUGGAAUAGCGGUCAUAACUUUUGCUCUCGUAUAACUGCGAAAGCCGACGUUGCUCAUGUGUUGCCCUUCGACCCUGAGACGGCCAGCCUCUCUCUUUGGCGUUCGUCUUCGCUCCUUGACGGCCGUCGUGAUCUCAGCGACCAAGCACCCGAUGUCUACUCGCCAUUCAUUCCUUUCGACAACCGGCCUCAUCAGAGCGCCAUCAGAUGCGUCGAGCUCCAAAACGCGCCGACCUGCCAAGUUCGGCGGCACAAAGCCUGGACAGACGCCUCGCAACAAGGCACGACUGACUAGGAUCCAAGCUGGCAUCAUCCCUCUGAGCGUGCCUUUCCUCGUGGGGAUGGUCAUCGCAUUUUCGUUGAUAUUCAUUGUGUCCAUCUCCUGUGCCUUCAUAGGGUCUGAUGACGACGAGCCUCCCUUCAGAGAGCUUCUGAACAGUGUUGCGAAAAAUGAUCCCGGUAUCGUGCUCAUCGGCGACAAUGUGGACGUCGAUGUGGAUGAGCCUGCAAUCACUAUCCGUUGGUCAAUCGUUGGCUGCGGCUCUGCCUAUAUCCUUCCUGGAUCUGAAGGGACGCAUGGCAGCGACCUAUGCGGAUUGCCCUCGCUGGCACUGGAUAUCUACGUCGAUAGCUCUGAGGAUCCGGCCGUGACCUACGAUCCCGCACAGUUCCCAAUAGUCAACGGGACGGGACAGCGGAUUAGCAUCCAGAACCUGUGUCAAUUCGACAGCGAUCACGUCCUCGAUGUCCACCUCGCGAGAUUGUACCCAUUUGACACCUAUCUCCUGACCAGCACUCUUCGCGCAGUCAGCGCAGAGCAUAGCGAUCCAAUGGGGAUAAGGGCCCUGACAACGUUGCAACUGACGUCAAGCUUUGCCAUCUCUUCGACCGACGUGAAGAGUUACAUGAACAACUCGGACAACUGGUACGAGCCGACGCGUGAUAUAACGCUGAAGAUCAGGAGACCUGCAGAGGCGAGAUUGUUUGCCAUGAUGCUGUUCGGCAUCAACUGGAUGCUGGCACAUGCCACUUGGUGCUUUGUGGUGCUGGCAUGGAGGCUCAAGAGCGAGAGGAAUAUACUACGAUAUUUUGCAAUCGUGGUCGUGAUACUAUUCGCUACUCCGCAGCUCAGAAAUGCAAUGCCGGAUGCUCCUGGUCUCGAUGGUGUUCUGCUAGACAGUAUUGGGUUCUUCCCACAGAUGCUGUCAUCUGGUGUCUCAGCUAUCGUCCUGUUGGUAAUGGCUGCCAACAGAACACUGCAGACGGAUGACGACCCUCAAAUGCAAGGAACUGAAGUAGCGCUUCAUCGCCUUUCAAAAGGCCUAGGAACGCUACGGCGACAGGGAUCAUCCAUGGAUUUCAGUCAUCUACGAAGUUGGAGCCAAUCUGCAUUUAGGUCUACAGUCCGGGUUGCGGAAGACGACUGAGUAGUAUAGACAUAUGUACAAUGAAGCCACUCACCUUGCUCACGGACUACCGGACAUUGCCAAUGCGCGAAUUUUUGUAGAUGUAGAUCAAAGCUCUGACAGAGCCGUGCCAAGCCACCUUUGUUAUUUUUGUCGGACUCCAUGUACUGGUCAUGCUGUCUUGUUGUUUCGGGCACAUAUCAGAUAUCGGACGGAGGAGUCUGUACAACGCACACGACUCAGCUGCAGCACGGAGUCAAGCAAGUCAUGUCCGAGCUAUAGGAGCGUCAAUGAAGACACGUGCUGAUGGCAUCAAAG